AUGCCGAUCAGCAUCAGACGUGUAAAGGUGGAAGAUAUGAUUCAGAUGCAGCAAACUAACAACCACUGCCUUCCUGAAAACUACCAGCUUUGGUUCUGGCUUUAUCACUAUCUUCUUACACCACAAGCAUCUCAUGUUGCUAUAAACUGCAAGGGCCAGCUCGUUGGCUACGUCCUUUGCAAGACCGAUGAUGAAAAGAAGGGAAUUGUCGGACAAGUUACAUCCGUUUCUGUUUAUAAUGGAUAUCGUAAACUUGGUUUAGCAUCUACACUCCUCGGAGAUACACACGUUCAAUUACAGAAGUGCUUUAAUGCAAAAUCCGUUACAUUAAAUGUUAGAGAAACAAAUAGAGCUGGACAUAUAUUGUAUAUGAACAGAAUGGGCUAUAAAUUCGAAAAAUCUGAAAAGGACUAUUACGCUGAUGGCGAAGCUGGAUGGCUUUUAAGAUAUACAUACCCAGUAGAUCCUGAAGAAGAAAAAGCUAAAGCUGCAAAGCCUAUCAAAUGGAAUAAGAACCAAGGAAGGCGAUAA